UUCUCAGACCCCAGUUCGUGUUUCAUGGAUCCGUUUCUUGGUGAUGGAGUGCUGCACAUGACGUGCUGGGUGCUCACUGCAGAGGGAGAACCCUGUUCCCGAUGCCCUCGCACCAUAGCAGACCGGUGCGAGGAGUGGAUAAAGGAACAAGGACUAGCAGACAAGAUUUUUGUGGGUUUUGAAGCGGAGUUUUUCAUUUUCGAGAAUGUUCAGUACUCCGUGCAAGGGCACCGUGUUGGCUUUUCAGUGGAUUGCAAGCAAGAGGCUUACUGGAAUUCUGAUGCCGUCUGCGAUGGAAGGGGAAAUCUGGCGCACAGGAGUGUGGCUGGGCGGGGGUACUGCUGUGUGCCCCCUGAAGACCGCAGGCACACAGUGCGUGCGUCAAUGCUGAGGCACAUGGAGGCUGUGGGUCUGCCAGUUGAGAAGCAUCACCACGAAGUGGGAGUGUGCCAGCACGAGCUGGGGAUCCGUUACAGCACUCUACGUCAGGCUGCAGACUGGUGUCUGACUUAUAAGUACGUCGUGAAGAAUGUUGCUCAUGCCAACGGCGUCACUGCCACUUUCUUGCCCAAGCCAAUGCCCCUGACCUCGGGUUCCGGAAUGCACCUGCAUAUGUCUUUCUGGCUGGGUGGCCGAAACACCUUCUUUGAUGAAAACGGAGAAUACGCACAACUAUCUCAGAGGGCGUUGUUCGCCAUUGCUGGCAUUCUGACUCAUGCUCCUGCACUCCUGGCACUCACCAACCCAACCACAAACUCCUAUAAACGUCUAGUACCCGGCUUCGAGGCCCCCUGUUGCCUCUCUUACUCCCAAGGCAACCGAACUGCAGCCAUUCGGAUCCCACUGAGUGCUCGAAAUGCAACAAAGAGCAAGC